AUGACUGAAUUCGCUCCAUUGAAGAAUGAUUUAAUACUUAGGGCAGCUAAGGGUGAGAAGGUCGAAAGACCACCAAUUUGGAUCAUGAGACAAGCAGGUCGUUACUUGCCCGAAUAUCAUGUAGUUAAAGCAGGGAAAGAUUUUUUUGAAACCUGUCGUGACCCAGAAAUUGCAUCUGAAAUUACAAUCCAACCAAUUGAUCAUUUUGAUGGAUUAAUUGAUGCCGCAAUUAUCUUUAGUGAUAUUUUAGUUAUUCCUCAAGCCAUGGGAUUUGAAAUCGAUAUGGUUGAAGGUAAGGGUCCAGUUUUCGCUUCCCCAUUAAGAUCCCCAGACGAUUUAGCUAGAGUUGAUUUAAAGCCAGAUGUUAAGUCUAAGUUGGAUUGGGCUUAUAAAGCCAUUACCUUAGCUAGAACAAAAUUAAAUGGAAGAGUUCCACUUUUAGGUUUUGUUGGUGCUCCAUGGACUUUACUAGUAUACAUGACUGAAGGUCAAGGAUCAAAGAUGUUUAGAUUUGCCAAGGAAUGGAUUUUCAAAUACCCAGAAGCAUCUCAUAAGCUUCUUCAAGCCACUUGUGAUGCAUGUAUUGAAUUUUUAGCAUUACAAGUUGUUGCCGGUGCACAAAUGUUACAAAUUUUUGAAUCUUGGGCUAGUGAACUUGGACCUGAUGAUUUCAAUGAAUUCUCAUUACCAUAUUUAAAGCAAAUUGGUGAAAAAUUACCCAAGAGACUUAAAGAAUUGGGAGUUGAGGAAUACAUUCCAUUAACUGUUUUUGCUAAAGGUGCUUGGUACGCCUUAGAUGAUUUAUGUGAAGCCGGAUAUGAUACCGUUUCUCUUGAUUGGUUAUAUAAACCAGAAGAUGCAGUUAAAGUAGUCAAUGGUAGAAGAAUUACUUUACAAGGUAAUUUAGAUCCUGGAGCAAUCUAUGGAUCAGAUGAAGUUAUUACCAAAAAGGUUGAACAAAUGAUUAAAGGUUUUGGUGGAGGAAAACAAAAUUAUAUUAUUAAUUUUGGUCAUGGAACUCAUCCAUUUAUGAAACCUGAAAGAAUUGAAUAUUUCUUAAAAGAAUGUCAUAGAGUUGCAUUUGAUUUCUUUACUGUCAUGACUCAUCAAUCCGCAACUAAAGGAAGCAAGAUGUCAGAGAACAUAGUUAACAACGAUGAGCUAUACAUAUACGACGUAUCCAAGAGAGUACUUGAAUCGUUGGAAUUACUUUACUUUGACUCCAAAACCUUAGAAACCAAACCAGUAGUUGAAAGCUCAGAAGAGGCAAACUUGGACAACAAUCCCAUAGUCAAGAAUGAAUCAAAUAGGGAUGCUGAGUACUACAAGUCAGACUUACAUCGAUAUAACUUAAAAAGAUCACUUCAGGAUUUACCGCCUAUUACUGCUGAUGAGUUUGAUAAGUUAAUUGAACAGGAAUCCAUCGAAAGUUUAUCAGGUUCCGAUUCAGAAUUAAGUGAAGUCGAAGAGGAAGACGAAGGUUCACAGGAAGAAGAAAUCGAUUCAAGCUCCGAUGCGUAUGAACAGAGGCUUCAAAGUUUGAUAAAGAAAUUAGCAAUAUCUAACGGGGAUUCUCAAGAAAAUGACGAGUCUACUGUUAGUUUCCUAAAUACAAAAUCUCCCUUCAUCUUAUUUAAAUCCUCCAUUUUAAAUCCAGAUAAGACAUUCGGAAUAUACAAAUCCAUGUUUACCGACCACCAAUUAGUCAAUUCUAACCCCCUUGAAGAGCUUAAAUUAUUCACUCAGAAACAAUCUCAAAAAUCCGCUCUUUUCAUGAUUGGAGGUGGGCAUUUCGCUGGAGCGAUUAUAUCGCAUACACGUAAACUGACAAAAGGCAACGCUCCAAACUCCAAAGGAUCACUUCAAGAGCAAGCCGUGAACAUCAUAGUCUCAAAAACGUUUCAUAGAUAUACCACCAGAAGAAAGCAGGGUGGUUCACAAAGUGCUAGUGAUAACGCCAGAGGCAAAGCCAAUUCUGCUGGGUCAAGUAUUAGAAGAUAUAAUGAACAAGCAUUGAUUCAGGAAGUGAGGGAAUUGCUUGCAGAAUGGAAACAUCAUUUGAAUGAAUGUGAUUCGAUUUUCAUUCGUGCCAAUGGUGCUGCUAAUAAGAAGAUCUUAGUUGGAUAUGAGGGUGCAGUAUUGGCGAAUAAUGAUCCUAGAAUUAGGAGUUUUCCAUUCACUACCAAACGUGCCACAACUUCGGAAUUGAGACGUGCUUGGGUUGAGCUCACAUAUUUGAAAGUCUUAGAUAUGCCAAAAGUGAUCCAACGAAAAUCAGCUACUCCAAUUAAAGAAUCGAGCCCCAAACCGAAAGAAAUCAAAUCCAAAGAACAAAUCAAGCUGGAAGAACUCUCUACCGAAUUAGUCAGUUUAUUGAAGAAACAAAAGGCACCCAAGUUAAUAAGUUUCAUAAAACAAAAUAAAAUCGAUAUAAACGAUUUCCAACUAGUUCCUAAAGAAAGAUAUACACACACUCCAACAUUAUUGCAUUUCGCUUCAGCAAAUGGUUUAAACCAUAUGGUUCAAAUUUUGUUAAUUAACCUAAAAGCAAACCCAACAGUACUCAAUAAUGCAGGCAGAACGGCGGCAGAAGUAGCAGCCAUGGGGGAAUCAGACACUAAGAAAGUAUUCCAAAUUGUCAGACAUAAAUUAGGAGAAGAUUAUUGUGAUUGGAAGGUCGCAAAGGUCGGACCUGCCAAAUCCAAAGAAGAAAUAGAACAAGAAGAGAAAAAUUCAAAAGAGCAGAUAAAGUUGCAAAAGCAAAAGUUGAUUCAAGAAGAAUUGGCCAAAAAGACAGAAUUGGAAUUGAAAAAACCAAGAUUUUCCUCUCUGGGUACAUUAGGAGGAGGAGGAGGAGGAGGAGGAGCUGUUCCUGUUGUUGUUAGUGAUCUUAGUGGAUUAAGUGAACAGCAAAAAAUGAGAAUGAUGAGAGAACAACGUGCAAGAGCAGCGGAAGCGAGAUUAAAAGGUCUUCAAAAGUAA